AUGUACAAAACAUGGCGUCUAUGCAGAACACAUACAGUGGGUGGGUUAUGCCAUGAUGGAAGUCAUCGGUUCGUAUCUACGGGAGGGGCAAAGAUUGGUAAAAAAUUUGAAAAUAUGAAUCAAAUAAGGGAUUAUUUAUCAAGACCUGUAUGGUCCGUCCACGAAUAUUUAGGCAUAAACACUAAAGAGGAAAAACUAGAGCCACCGUCUGCUGAAGCUGUAAAAAAAUUGUUGCGGUUAUCAGGUCUUCCCUUGGAAGGAGCAGAUAUUAAAGAAAUUCAAAUGCGACUUGCCAAGCAAUUAUCAUUCAUCAACAAACUCCAUAACAUACCUGUCGAAGGUGAAAAGCACACCAAGGAAUAUGAUGCUCGGUUGGUGCAAAGAAAUACGAAACAGCUGAACUACACAAAGCUACUUGAAGGCAUCAGCCACCAAAAGCAGGAUGCUGAGCUAGGAGAAGUUAGCGGAUCUUGGAAAGCAACUGGACUUGCCGCGGAAUCCAAAAAUGCAUAUUUUGUUGUCAAAGAGGGACUACUCAAAAACAGGAAGUAA